AUGGCUUCGGACAUGAACAGCCACCAGUUGGCCGUGGCCAAUGAAGACGAUCGCGAUCUGGCGAAGCUGGGAUACCGUUCUGUCCUAGCGCGUGGGUGGGGCUCUUUCGACAACUUCGCCUGCUCGUUCUCUGCGUUGUACUGCAUCGGAGGCAUCCGUGUGCUCUUCUACAUCGCUCUGAGUGGAGGUGGCCCUGCUGCGAUGUAA